GUCUUUUUCUCCCGGAAAUCCGUCCGGCCCCGACUCCAGCCUUGUUUAAACAAAUUGCAUACUCACAAACAAAAGACUCCAUUCUCGCAACAAGCCUAGAAAAAACGGCCCACAAGGCACAAACCUUCCCUAAGAUGUUAUUUUUGGAGGCAAAAUGCUUCCCUCUUUUGAAAAAAGCCCACCAUUUAUCUCCCCCCUACCCAUCUCUCCCGCGCCGCGUUUUUAACUUUUUAUAGAUAAUAUAAUAACUACAUACACACUCCCAGAGUCCCAGACAGAUCUGUUUGUUUCAUCUUCCUAUAGCUUCAAAAGUAGUUCUUAGGUCUGGAAUCGAGAAUGAUUAAUUCAGAACUCAAAAAAGAUCAGCUAGGCAACAGUGGGUUGGAGUUGGACACUUGUAUAUCCCACAAGCAGCCACCUAUAUCAACAAAGAAGUUGGCGUUGACAGAUGUUCAAAAUGACAAUAGGGUGUUGCAAUAUCAUCGAGAAAGUUUGUUUUCUACGGAUGGAGGACCCAUCGCAGAUAAAUCAAAGAUUUGCGGAACUAAGAGACCCAUACCUGAGUCGCUUACAAGCCACCCUUUUCGUCCACUCUCUGAUCGCACAACUACUAAGGAGCAUCUUGUGUAUACUAGCAAGAAACUUGAGCCUGUCCAAGGGAAUGGGAAAUCUGGGCACAACGCUGAUAGAAGUGUAAGCAAUCCUCUUCCGAAGCCUCAUCACAAUAUGCAGCAAGAAAUUCUCCCAAAACAAACUCUGGUGUUGGAGGAUAAUACAAAUCAUGUUUCUAUGGCUACGUCUAAUCACACCAUUCCAAAGAAUACAUGUUCUUAUUUAAAUUCACCAUUAGACUCAUUACCCAUUUCUCUUGCUAAUCCUGGUAAUGGCAUGGGACCUGCUGAAAAUGAUUGCUCUAAAGUCAUCUCAAAGGUACCUAUUUCAGCUCAUUCUAGGAGGGUGGAUGACAGGAAAUGGGAGGAACGGUACAUUCAUUUACAGAACUUCUUGAAAAUGUGUGAUGACGAAUCUAUCUGCAGGGAUCACGUUCAGAAGCUUCGUCAUCUUACCCCAGCAGAACUUAGCAUAUAUGCAGUUGAACUGGAGAGAAGAGCAAUCCAAUUAACAAUAGAAGAAGGAAAAGAGUUGCAGAGAAUGAAAGCACUAAAAAUCUUGGAGAAAUCCGCUACUACUGCCAAUCCCUUGCAAAUGAGUCAACCAUCCCAGUCCAAGAAAUGAAAACUGGGUGAUAGUUUUUCACUUCUGCAAAGGCUGAUUUUCUACCAUAUUUAUCUGUUUUUCUUUUUAAUAUAUAGUUGUUGGUUUCAUUCAUUGCCAUCAGCUUGUUUUAUUGCAGACGUAAGUUUUUAUAAAGGAAUAACCAUAUAUUGUUAUUGCCAAAGUUGUUAUUACAUGAUUUCUGUUUUAGUGUAAAUUAGUUAUGUGGUAUUAUGACUGUAGGACUAUUUCUAUGGUAAAUUAUUGAUAUGAGCCCAGUUCAAUUA